CAUGGUCGAUGUCUCGGCGACGGCUUUUAACGUUCCCUCCACCCUCUCUUCACCCAUCCCCCCACCCCCUACGAUCGAUCCAGCUUCCUCCUACCUUCCUCUCUCCAAUCUCCAUCUCCACCCAAAGCCUCGCCACCUACAUAAGCGAAAUCCGGAGGCAUCUAUCUUUAAAGAAGUGUAUAGCAGAGGAGCAGAGGCGGAGAGUGAGGAGAGGCGCAGCAGAGGAGCCGUAGGCAGAGAGAGAGAGAGAGAGAGAGAGAGAGAGAGAGAGAUGGAGGUGGCGGUGCCUGUCAUGGCGCCAAGCGCGCCGUGCAGCCCAAGAACCGCGGCUGCCAUGGGCAGCGGCGGCAGCCACCUGCCCAGCUACUGCUACUUCUUCUCCAGCGCCCCCACGAGCCCGUCCAGGGCGAGCAGCUACGCCGCCGACGAGCAGGGCGACGCCGCCACGUUCGACUUCGCGUUCGGGUUCAGCGGGCAGCUCAGGGAGUCCACGCCCAUCCUCGCCGCUGCGGACGAGCUGUUCGAGGGCGGCAGGAUCCGGCCGCUCAACGGCCCGCGCUCGAGCGGCAGCCUGGCCGCCGACGAGGACUACUCCUACGCCUCCGUCUCCGUCUCCCCACGGUCGCCGAGAAGAGCGAGGACGAUGUCCGCGGUGCGCGGCGGUGCGGCAGGGGAUCGAGCGGAGGUGUCGGCCGAUCAGGGUCAGAUGAGGGGCAGGUCCGGCCGGCCGGCCCCUGCGUCUUCCUCGUCGGGCGUGUCUUCUCGGAGCAGGAGGGCCACCCGGUCUCUGUCCCCGUACAGGGGCGACCCCAUCGACGACGAGUUCUGCUCCUCCCCACCCUCCCCUCGCGGCGCCGCCUCCCUGAUGCGCGGCUGCGGCAGCGGCAGCCGGAAGUGGCGGCUCAAGGACCUGUUCCUGUUCCGCAGCGCGUCGGAGGGCCGCGCCACCGCCGGCAAGGACCCGCUGCUCAAGUACAGCAUGCUCAAGAGCGGCGGAGACGCGUCGAUGCGGAAGGGGAGGGGCUCGGCGGCGUCGGCGAGCGACAUGGCGCCGUACACGGUGAGCAGGGCGGCGGCGGAGGAGAUGCGGCGGAGGACGACGACGCCGCUGCCGUUCCACCGGAACAGCCUGUUCGGCUACUUCAGGUCCAACCCGGCCAUCCACUCCAUCAGCCGCAAGCUCAGCAGCUACUCCUCCUCGUCGUCCAACCGCGGCAGGAACGCCACCGCCGCCGCCAACUGACAGCCGACGACGCGCGCGCGCACAUGCAUGGCGCUGGCUGCUUUGGUAGUAGAAAAAAAUGGGGAAAGAGAACAGUUUUAUUCGUUUUGCUCCUGCUUGGUUUGCCCUCCUGAUCUGUAUUCUUUCUUCGUGUGUGAAUCACCACAAAGGUUUUCAUGCAAGUGUAGAUACGUACCUAUGUAGUACAUGGGAUCCGCAAAUUCUUUGGAAAUCAGUAUAUUUGCUCUCUCUUUACACGCAAA